GACAUUAAAGAAAAGAGAGAAAAAAAGGGCUGGUGGUGGUAGUGUUUCACGCGUAUGAAGGUGUGUGGAUGUUGGUGAGCCACCCCUUGCCAGCUGGCUGUCGGGGGGAGGUCCCCAGAUCCCUCUCCCCCUCGCUCUGCACGUGACUUACCACCUCACUCCUCAUCUCUCUCUCUCUCUCUCUAAAAGGCCAUCGCUUUCCUCGUCGAUCAAUUAUAUCAAUCCAAACAACCUAAAAAAAUCAAAUCCCUCUCCCUCCUUCCCUCCCUCUUUGCCUCUCUCUUCCUCGUUUCCAUCACUCUUCUCUUUCUCUCUCAUAUAAAUAUAAUUUAUGUAGGUUUUCUUCUUAUAUUGUUUCAUCAAGUCUUUCCUUUCCUCAUUCUUCGAUACAUUUCACACAGACGUAUAUAUCGUAUUGUGUUAUAUGUAUUAGGAUUUGCUCGUAAUGUUAGGGGUUUUGGUGUUUGGAUGAUGCUUCGGAUGCGGACCAAAUGAGAUUCAAAUGCUAUUGUGUGCAAAACCAGAUUGGAUUUCUAAUGCCUGGAUCUGCUGGCGGUCCUAUGGCCUCCAGCUUGAAGAAAUCAGUAGGAUUAAAGUUGUCAAGUCUUGUUGCGUUGCCUAAGAAUUAAUCUUCGCUUGAGAAAUCUUUUAUGGGGUGAGAAGUGGGGGCGAAAUGGUUUUGCAUUCCAAAUAUUUAAAGACAUGGAGGAGACACGAGAUGACGCAGGGCCAGUUGAGCAUAGGCCUUCAAAUGCUUCAUGGUGGCCAUCAGAUUUCAUCGAUAAAUUUGGAUCUGCUACUUUGGGAUCCCAGGAAGAGACCUUGAGCAAUACUGAAUCACCUAGACAUUUUGAUCAAGAUGUAUUAUCAUCUCAGAAAGCAUCUCAAAUUCUAUGGCACAGUGGAAUGCUUUCUGAACCAAUUCCAAAUGGUUUCUAUUCUGUUGUUCCGGAGAAAAGGCUUAAGGAUACUUUUGAUGAUAUUCCUACUCUUGAUGAGCUUCAUGCAUUGAGAGGAGAAGGUUAUAAAGCUGAUAUCAUUCUUGUAGAUGCUUCUAAAGAUAAGAAACUCUCUAUGCUGAAGCAACUAAUCAUGGCCCUAGUGAAAGGAUUAAACUCAAAUCCGGCUGCCAUGAUAAAAAAGAUUGCAGUCUUGGUUUCUGAUUUCUAUAAACGACCAAAUUUAGAAAGUCCAGCAAAAGCUGCACUAGAAGACACCUCCCAUAUGUUUGAGAAUCGUGGUCUGCAGCUGUUGGGGCAAAUAAAGCAUGGUUCAUGCCGUCCUCGGGCAAUUUUAUUUAAAGUCUUAGCGGAUACUGUAGAACUUGAAAGUACGAUCAUUGUGGGUUUGCCUAGUGAUGGGGUUGUUGAGUAUUCAGACUCAUACAAGCAUAUGUCUGUCAUAGUUGAAUUGAAUUCUGUUGAAUACUUGGUUGAUCUCAUGCGGUUUCCGGGCCAGCUUCUGCGCCGGUCAACAAAGGCAAUUUUCAUGAGCCAUAUUUCUGCAGCUGGGGAAAGUGAUUCUGCCGAAAAUGACUCUUGUGAUUCACCAAUGGAACCAAAUAGUCCUCUAUAUGGGUUCUCAGAUAGGGUUGAUCCUGAUAGUGCUGAAAAAGAUGAAAAUGCUCAACUUCAAAGAAGGCUUGAUUCAAAUGUACCAGGUCUGUCAUUGCGAAAUAUGAUGCUGCGAUCUGCUACCUCUAUUGACAGGAAAUUAAAUUUAUCUCAUAGCGAACCUAACAUUGCAACUACAUUUUGGCGGCGUAGUCGGAGGAAGGUCAUUGCAGAACAGCGGACUGCUAGUUCAAGUCCAGAACAUCCAUCUUUUCGAGCCCGUGGGAGGUCCAUGCUUAGUGGUGAUAGAAAAUCAUUUCGAGAUUAUGCUGAUGACAUGUCUGCAUCAAGUUACAGGUCAGAUGGUGCAUCGACAUCAGAGGCUCGUAGGAUUAGAAGGAGAAGCAUUAGCAUCACACCAGAAAUCGGUGAUGAUAUAGUGAGGGCUGUGCGGGCUAUGAAUGACACAUUGAAGCAAAAUCGUAUUUUGAGAGAGCGGGGUGAGGAUGGAUCGUUUUCACAUCCUUCAGAUGACAGAAAUAUUUCUAAUCUACAGAACGACACAAUUGGUUCUCAGAAGGCAAUGUCACUGCCCUCAUCUCCCCAUGAUUAUAGAAGUCAAAAUUCCAACAGAAGUGGGCACUCUGGUUAUGUAGUAAAUGAGGAAUUGGUCUCAACAUGGAAUAGAGUUCUUCAGUCUUCGUUGUUUAAUAACCAACCUCUAUUACCUUACAAUGAAUGGAAUAUUGAUUUCUCAGAGUUGACUGUUGGAACACGUGUUGGUAUUGGUUUCUUUGGAGAAGUCUUCCGCGGCAUUUGGAAUGGAACAGAUGUAGCAAUUAAGGUUUUCUUAGAGCAAGAUUUAACUGCCGAAAACAUGGAAGAUUUCUGCAAUGAGAUAUCCAUUCUUAGCCGACUUCGACAUCCAAAUGUUAUCUUAUUUCUGGGUGCGUGUACGAAGCCUCCACGUCUGUCAAUGGUUACUGAGUACAUGGAGACAGGAUCCUUGUAUUAUCUUAUUCACUCUAGUGGUCAAAAGAAGAAGCUUAGCUGGCGUAGAAGGUUAAAAAUGUUGCGAGACAUUUGCAGGGGGUUGAUGUGCAUACACCGAAUGAAGAUAGUUCAUCGGGACCUAAAAAGUGCAAAUUGUCUUGUGAAUAAGCAUUGGACAGUCAAGAUCUGUGAUUUUGGGCUAUCAAGAAUAAUGACUGAGAGUCCCAUUAAGGACUCCUCGUCUGCAGGAACUCCAGAAUGGAUGGCACCUGAACUAAUUCGAAAUGAACCCUUCAGUGAAAAAUGUGAUAUAUUCAGUCUAGGGGUCAUAAUGUGGGAACUCUGUACUCUGAGCAGACCGUGGGAAGGUGUACCACCAGAAAGGGUAGUUUAUGCUGUUGCUAAUGAGGGGUCCAGGCUGGAGAUUCCUGAAGGUCCACUAGGCAGGCUGAUUUCAGAUUGUUGGGUAGAACCAGAUCAAAGGCCAAACUGUGAGGAGAUACUCACCCGAUUGCUGGACUGCGAGUAUUCUCUUUGCUGAUAGAGCCUGUUGUUUGUAUAGAAAACCUUGGGUAGGGAGGUACUGUCUUGUAUUCUCGGCUUCAGUUGUACACUGUCAUGAGUUUUCUUACCAUUGUACAAUCAUAAAGUGUUGUCUUUUUUGUUUCAUUUCCCCUUUCCAAUGGUGCAAACCCAUCCAUCCUUUUUUGUGCAAUCAAAUCAGAGUUUGUUGAAUGAGCAAGAAGAGUUGAGUUGAAUUCCAUUUCUUUUUCACGAGUAUUUUCUUUUUUAGUAUUAAAGAAGAGAAAUUUAUAUGCAAAGUUGAAUUCAAUUUCUUUUCCACACUUUCUCAAGCUCCACGAGUAUUUUCCUUAACCCCACAAGGGAAAAAAGAAAUUUACAUGCAAUUUUUAGCCAGCUUCAUUGUAAUUGGAUUUAGUACGUGUGAACUCGACAACUAAAAAAAAGAUAUAAUAAUAUAUCGUAUUGUGAAAAUUUCUCAAAACUUAUUACAUUGCACAUUCAUUAGUUUCCCGGCAAAACUUUCAAGGAUUUGUUAUUAGUUUUCUUUGUCAGUCUUCAAUGACACGACUAUUGAGUGCAUCUUCAAAACGACAACAAGAAUCAACUCUCAUCUCCGUACUUGUAUCGUUUUCGGGCGCAGGAUAGUAAGUUCCUCUGAGCUGCGCAUCCCUGAGGUUUGGUAUCUUGAGAAAGAAAUUCAUGAAAUGCUCAUGAAUGGUUCCAUGGAUGAAGAGUUUCCUCAACGUGAUACACUCAGCGAGCAACCCAGCAGCUGGUAGAGAGAGGCUGCGCUGGUUCACAUCCUGGUCCUGAGGCGGCCAGUAAUCAAGUUCGUCAAGACUAAGUAUCUCAAUUCCAUUAAGAAAAAACCUCUCCCAAAGGCUUAGAUCCAUUUGACCGGCUGGCGCAGUCAAAGCGUAGCCUAUGGUGUCCCUACAAUCCAAAAUUAGUUUAGUUAGCUUUGGAUAAAUAGUGAGGGAGCUCAACCCGAAUUCUUGAUUUGGUCUGGCUCUUCUCCGGCAAUCUCCCUCAAUCUUUAUCCUAAUCUCCUCCAAGUUUGGACAGUCCUCCAGACCCACCAUUGUUAGUGGCGAUAGUUGCUCUCCCACGGCUAUCCAUAGAGAGAGAUACUCUAGACGAUCCCAGCUCUUGCUGCACCAAAACCCAUCGCCGUCAUAGGAGCUAUUGGCCAUGGCGUCUCCAUCCAACUUGCAUCUUUUGCUUCUCUGCUCGUACUCGUCGUAGUCAAUGCCCUUAUUAUGUUCGAUAGAGUCAAUUAAAUCAAAAUUAUAAUACCCUCCAUCAGAAUCGUUCAAAUUUUCCCAGAUGCAAUCGAUGUGGAGCCGCUGAAUCCGAUCGCAAAUUGGCUCCAGAGCUUGCAACGACCCCUUGGCGUCGAGGUUCUUACAACAAGAGAUGGAAACGUCAACGAGGGUCCGCCGGAGCAAGCAAGCCAGUGUUCUCAACCCUUUUACUGUAAUCCCCUUGCACCCAUAGAUAUGAAGCUUCUUCAACCUACAACAACCUCUAGCUAUCUCAAUUAGCCCCAUGUCCGUCAAGUCCGCCGAGUUCUUGAUCCAUAGCGACUCCAGCCCUUGGCAAAGAGCAAUUCCAUCCAGCUGCGAUCCAACCGUUGCACACAACCCAUGGAAUUGGCCGAGCUUCAGAACCUUUAACCUAGGGCAUCUCCGAGCAAGAACUUCCAGAGCUAAUCCACUGUCCCUGACAUUCUGGCAAACAUCCAGAAACAACUCCUCAAUAAAUUGAAGCCCCGAGAAGAAAUCAACCAAGCCAGCGCGGCUAAUUCUGGCGUCCUCCGCGGUAAACCCAUCGUCCUCGGGAUUGCCACGCGUGUUCCAGAACGAUGAAGUAUCUGCCACGUGAAGAAGCGAAAGGUUGGGACAAUUGGCGGCUAUGGUGAGGAGAACCUCAUCGCCGACAAAACCAAUCAGCCUGGGAUCGAACCUGCAAGCGACGAGGAACUGUUUGAGGUUAGGGCAAGCCUCCGUGAUCACACGAAUCUCGUCAUCCUUGAACCCUUCCGUAAACGACGUCGUCAGAAGAUCUAGCUUGGUGAGGGAUUUGGCUACGGUUUGAGAGGCUUGUAGAGCCGGAGGGAGGUCCUCCGUCCAGUAAUAGAACUCCGACAAGUCCACAGUCGUUAGCGAAUGACAAUGCUCAAAUAACGGGACGAAGUCGUCGCCGGGCUGUGAUUGCGGCCGUUGAUGCCACCGGACCAGCUUGACGUGGCGCAAUCCAGGCCAUUGAGGUAUCAAAACCUGUAGCGUGCUUGCUGAUCGCGCGUAGACGGCGAGUGAGGUCACCAAAGGGAACGCCACUUCUAGGCGACGCGCCAGGAGAUUCGGGUCGAUGGAGGACGCGACUGGAGAAAGCAACGCGUGACCCCACGGCGAGAGGAGGGAGAGAUCGAGGUGGGUGACGGAGCUGAAACAGCGAGGGAUCAGGUGAAGGUCGCGCGCGUUACCACGGAGCGCGAGGGAGGUGCGCGUGGCUCUUUCCAAUGCCCGGAAUCUUUGGCAGACCAAGGAGAGGCGGUUUCGGCUCCGGACGUCAGAAAUGAAGGAGAAGAUAACCGAAAGAAUAACCUCCGGUAGGUCGUUGAUUGUGGCGGCGGCGAUGGCCAUUAUCGCCAUUUUCUGCUACGCGCUUAACGCUGCCGUGGCUAAAACUCGCUCUCUGAAGAGGUAAUGCUUUAGGUAUUUUUAUUUAUGUAUAAAGUUUUCCUGUGUUCCUUUGGAUUGUUAUUUUCUGUGAUAGUUCUUGAACUC